CCGGAGUGCGGAGGAGCGCACUGCUUUCGACUCACUCAACUCAAGAUGGCGGCUGGAGCUGAGCACGGCUUGAAAAGAAUAGUUUGGCAAAGAAUCAAGGACACCCUCAUUGCCGACUGCAGAAAGUCAGAAGUAUGGAAGAUCCUCAUUCUGGACCAAUUCACCACGCGCCUCCUCUCCUCCUGCUGCAAAAUGUCCAAUCUCAUGUCGGAGGGCAUCACAAUUGUGGAGGACCUGCACAAAAACAGAGAGCCAGUUCCAGAGAUGAAGGCCAUCUAUUUCAUGAGACCCACUGCCAUGUGUGUUGAUGCAUUUAUUAAUGACUUCAAACCGAAACCCAAAUACAAAGCUGCAUAUGUCUUCUUCACUGACUACUGUCCUGAUGAUCUCUUUGACAAGAUGAAGAAGAACUGUGCCAAGCACAUUAAAGUGUGUAAAGAGAUCAACAUCUCGUUUCUGCCACUGGAAGCACAGGUGUUCACCUGUGAAAACACAGAGGCCUUCAAGAGCAUCUACACUCCGAACAGUCAGGACAGAGAUCAGACGCUGGAGACGAUAGCGAAUCAGAUCGUAACUCUCUGCGCCACGCUGGACGAGUAUCCUGGAGUCAGAUACAAGAAGGAUUCGGCUCUUGAUUAUGGAAACAAGUUGGCUGAACUUGUGGAUAAUAAACUGGCACGACAUUACGAGUUGGAUGAUAAUUCGAAGAAAAAGGGAAAAACGCAGGCUCAGCUUCUGAUUGUUGAUCGUGCGCUGGACCCUGUUAGCCCUAUUCUUCAUGAGCUCACCUUCCAGGCUAUGGCUUAUGACCUCAUACCAAUAAAGGACAACAACUAUGAGUAUAAGUUAAAGGAUGGCUCUAAGAAAGAAGCUUUACUGAAUGAAGAGGAUGAAUUAUGGGUCAAAUUACGUCACAUGCACAUUGCUGAGGUCACUGGGCAAAUCCCCAAACUGGUGAAGGAAAUCUCUGCCAACAGAGAUGAGAAGAAACAGGCUGAUGGGAAUAUCACAAUCGGAGGCUUAUCACAGCUCAUGAAGAAGAUGCCAGGCUUCCGCAAGCAGAUGACUCAGAAAACUGUCCACGUUAGUUUAGCUGAGGAUCUGAUGAGUCAUUUCCAGAAGAAUGUGGAAAAACUCUGCAAAGCCGAACAGGAUCUGGCUGUAGGUGCAGAUGCUGAAGGACAGAAGGUCAAGGACCCCAUGAGGAUGUUACUUCCUGUGCUGUUACACCCACAUGACACCACUGAUAAGAUCCGGGCCGUCCUACUCUACAUCUUCAGUCUAAACGGAACGACAGCGGAGAACCUGAAUAAACUGAUUCAGCAUGUGAAAAUCGAGGAUGAGAGCGGGUAUAUCCUGAACUGGAAACAUCUGGGAGUUCCCAUCCUCUCCACGCCGAGCAUGUUCUCAUUCCGUAAACAACCUCGGAAAGACCGGUCAGACAAGGAGACUUACAACGUGUCUCGCUGGACACCCGUCAUUAAAGACAUAAUGGAGGAUGCAGUGGAGAACAAACUGGAGGUUAAAGACUGGCCGUAUCAGUCUGAAUGUCCGUCUGCGUGGAACGGCUCUCGUGCUGUAAGAGUGGUGAGCGCGCGGCAGAAGCACAAGGGCAGUUCUCCGGAUGAUCUCAGGAGCGGCUCGCGGCUCAUCGUCUUUGUUCUGGGUGGGGUCAGUUACUCAGAAAUGCGCUGUGCUUAUGAAGUCACGCAUGCUAAUAAAUCCUGUGAGGUCAUCAUUGGCUCGACGCACAUCCUCACUCCACGUGGUCUGCUGGAGGACAUUUAUAACCUGGACAAAUAACCCAUGGAAAGCUUUAACAUUGAGGAGGACAAACCCUGAACAGCCCUGCCCUGCCAUUUCCUCCUCAGGACUGAAGGGAACAGAUCUCAGCUGCUUUUCACCUCACAGCAUUCACUUAAAAGCUUAUUACAAAAAACAAAACAAAAACAUAGUUCUACAUGGAACAUUUUGAGGUCAUUUCAUGUCUAAAGUCUCAGGUGUGCUCAGUUUAGGUUAUAUGUAACAGUAACUCUUCACAACUAACUUCAACUUUGAGCUAUUUAGGCUUUUUAAAUUGUUAACUUUAUAAAAUCGUGAAAAUUAUAACAUUAUCUUUUAAUAUACAUCAUGAUUAAAGACUUAAGUAAGACCCAAUUUGUUUGAUAACCCUUUAAUACAAUAGAAGGACUUUUAAAAAGAGAUCAGCUCGUGACCAGAGCCUUAGCUCAUCGUCUUUGUUCUGGGUGGGGUCAGUUACUCAGAAAUGCGCUGUGCUUAUGAAGUCACGCAUGCUAAUAAAUCCUGUGAGGUCAUCAUUGGCUCGACGCACAUCCUCACUCCACGUGGUCUGCUGGAGGACAUUUAUAACCUGGACAAAUAACCCAUGGAAAGCUUUAACAUUGAGGAGGACAAACCCUGAACAGCCCUGCCCUGCCAUUUCCUCCUCAGGACUGAAGGGAACAGAUCUCAGCUGCUUUUCACCUCACAGCAUUCACUUAAAAGCUUAUUACAAAAAACAAAACAAAAACAUAGUUCUACAUGGAACAUUUUGAGGUCAUUUCAUGUCUAAAGUCUCAGGUGUGCUCAGUUUAGGUUAUAUGUAACAGUAACUCUUCACAACUAACUUCAACUUUGAGCUAUUUAGGCUUUUUAAAUUGUUAACUUUAUAAAAUCGUGAAAAUUAUAACAUUAUCUUUUAAUAUGCAUCAUGAUUAAAGACUUAAGUAAGACCCAAUUUGUUUGAUAACCCUUUAAUACAA